GCGCAUGCUUAAACGUCCAUUUCCCCGGCCGUUUUCGAAACAUGACAUGACAUAUCGUAUUGACAACGUGAAUUCUUUGAUUUGAUGUCAUUUUGUUCCUGAAAAACUGUUCCACAAUGGCUCUGCCUGACGAAAAAAUUAAUGAAUUGAAACAGAUAAUUAAUAGCCAGUUGUCACAAAAUGAUAUCCAGAGACAUAUUCGUAAUGUGCUAGAUGAAGUGAUUAAAACGGAGUUUGAGGGUAAAGAAGGACAUAUCAGUGAAAAUGAAUUGAUGAGAAAACUGAGAGAAAGGGGUGUGGUCGAUAAUAUCAUGAAACAGAUGCAUUUUGAUGGUGAAAUGAACAUUCCUAAACCUGUCAGUCAUUUCACCAAUAAAGAUCGACAGCAAACAUCAGCUCAAGUUAAAAAAGUCAACAUUGAUCCGUCUAGAAGACAUUUAUAUCUUACUAUACAGGAAGGAAAGGCAUUCCUAGAACAUCUUCAUACAACAGAGGUGCUGCCAGGGCAAAAAGUAACCUCAUAUUUCACACUUCACAUUCAUUUCCGUAGUCAGCGGUUCAAGACGAAACCAAUACCAUGUGCUUGUGAACCAGCUUUCGAUGAAGGGUUUUUACUGGAACUUCAUAAAGAAUCUGCAGGUGAAGCUGGUCGUAUGGCUGACAAUACCUCCAUGUUGUCUAUAUCUGAUCCAGUUCACAUUGUUCUCAUCAAAACAGAUUCAACGGGAAAUACGUCUCUAGUCGCUUCACAUUACUUUGAAUGGAGACCUGUCCUCACCUCACCUCAAAAUAAGAUGAAAGUUUCUAUAGAACUAAAAGGAACAGGUAUAGAGAGUCAAGUUCCCGUAGGAAUAUUGAUCAUACAGAUGGAAUUAUUCCCAAAACCUCCGGACCCUUUACGUGAAGAAGUUCUACGAGCUCAGUUAGAAUUAGAAAGACAUCGUCAAGCUGACAGAAAACGAGGAUUUCUAACCUAUACCUCCCUGUGGUGGGAAGAAUAUCUCCAAAUAAGGGAUGCUCAUAAAGAUAGGAUCGUUAAAAUAUUUGCUACUGAUGAGAACGGAAACAAUAAACCUGUAACAUCGUAUAUAAAACCCUUCCGUGCUGGUCGUCUAAUAGAAACACCUCGUCAGGCGGCUAGAUUUGUGGGAUUGAUUCAUCAUGAUAAACCUAAAUCACUUGGACAAGAUAAAAAAGAACAGUGGACAAAUAUACAUUCGUUUUUGUGUAUGAAUAGAGGGGAUGUUGAGGAUCAUGCCACGUUACUAUGUAGUUUGUUAUUAGGGUUUGGUUUAGAUGCGUAUGUUUGUAUCGGAACGAGAAAUAAAGGCUCACUACACGCCUGGGUCAUGACGCUAGGAACGGAUGGAUUAGCAACAUUCUGGGAAAGUUUAAAUGGCCACAGAUAUAUUCACGAGCCUCUCGAUCCAGAUGGUCCACCAAUGUCCAAACAGAAUCGUGUCAAAUAUCCAUAUAAAACAGUCGAUUGUGUUUUCAAUCAUCGAAAAUUCUACGCAAAUAAUCAGUCUUCCAAUGCUGUAGAAGUUUGUCGAUUUGUUUUAAAUAACGAAUCUUUAUGGAAGAGUAUGUCAGAAGAUGCUAUUGGUUCAGUUUGUGGUGCUAUGGUUCAAUCGUCAUGGCCACCAUUAUCGUCUUCUACGCUAGAUGAAUCGUUUUCAAGUAAUGAUCUUGAACAACAACUCAGGCAGCUGGUGACCGAACAUAGACGGGAUCAAGGUUUAACGAGUAUAUGGGACGAUGAAUUAAGUUAUUUAUUAACACCAGCGCUAGCCUCAUAUGAAACAGAAAGAGUAACAGGUAUUUCAGCAGGUAAUGAAGAAUUUCAAGAUGCAGUGAAACUUUCUGUUUUAGAAGAUCAUAAUUUUAAAGGUUACCCAAUCCAGUUUACACAUCGAAACCCUAGAAAAAUAUUCUCCACGUGUUUAAAUUCCGCCGUUUGUAAUGAAAUAUUAAACUGUCGUGGUGAUCAAGUGAGACUGGGUGUUCGUGUGCGUGUUUUUGCGUACCCAGAAUCUGCCUGUGCUACAUGGAUAAUGUUUGCUUGUAAAUAUAAAUCAGUUUUAUAAUCAAAGACAUCAGUAAUCUUCUUUACUACACUUGAGUUAUUUUAUUUAUUGUUUUCCCAGAUUCUCUCUGGAUUAUCAUCCUUGAUUCAAGGACAAUUUGUGCCCAGACUAUUAGUCCCUUAGGACUAUUCAUCCCCUGAUAACUCAUCCCAGGACUGUUCGCCCCAAGGGACAAUAUGUCCCAGAUAACAGAAACAAACAGUUCUGUAAAAAUGAUCAUAUGUUUAGAUGGUUUCCUACUUUUCGAUCUAGGAUUGAAAAUUGGGGUUCAAUGAAUGCAGGCACCCCCAAACCAACCCAAGGUGUUUUCAAAAUAGGCAGAAAAUAAUAGUCUUCAGGCAGGAAGAGGGGAAACUAAUGAUUUCUUCCACCAUUAGACCAUAGACAAAUAAGACCAAGGGGAUGAAUUGUCCAGGGUCAAAUAGUCCUAGGAGACAAAUUGCCCAUGGACGAUUGGUCCUGUACCCAUCAUCCAUAUUGUUAAAAUUCUAACUCAUGACGUCAACUGACAGAUUUCUGCCAUUCAGGAGACAACCCCCUUACAUUUUGCUUCUAAAUGUUGUUUUUUUUUUCGUUUUGAGUGAAGACUGUAUCACUACAGGCCCGGCACUGUACAGCACAGUGGACGCUUACGGCUGGCCCCCGUAUCCAUUCAGUGAAGCCCCUGUGUCACUACAGGCCUGGGAUUGUACAGCACAGUGGAUGCUUACGGAUGACCCCCGGAUCCAUUCAGUGAAGCCCCUGUAUCACUACAGGCCCGGCACUGUACAGCACAGUGGACGCUUACGGCUGGCCCUCAGGUCCAUUCAUUUGAUUAGAUAUCUGUUGUUUAUUUCUUGUAAUGUCUGUAUAGUUUGUCUUGUCCACUGGUUUGUUUUGUGUGUAUUGCAGUCCUCCUGCACUUACUAGUAGAACCUCGUAAGAUAAAUAAAAAAUAUUAAUAAUAAUAAUAAUGAUACUUAUAUAGCGCCUUCUUCACUUUUUUUACAAAACAAAUCUGCUCGAAGUGCAUUUAUAUUGCUCUCAAUUAUAAAUCACUUAAACAGCCAAGUUUUUAAGUGACACUCGAAAACAGAUAAGGAUGGAGAAGUGUUAUUUGGUCUUGUAGAUAAACCAUUGUGAUAAAUAUAUGAGUUUGAAACUCGAUUAAAAGUUAAAGCAUGUAUAUAUGAUUAUAGUAGUAACUGUUAAGGCAUGUAUAUAUGAUUAUAGUAAUAACUGUAUAGUAUUGAUAUAUGAUUAUAGUAAUAACUGUAUAGUAUUGAUACAAAAUAUAAAUUAAUAUUAUAUGGGGGGCUGUCUACGAUAUCACCCCUGGUGGAAGAAAUGAUAUAUAGAUCCAAAUAUCUUGUCUACGAUAUCACCCCUGGUGGAAGUGGAUGUAAAACUCUAGAAACGAACGAUAUCUGGUUAAUACAUUGUAAAUUAACUUGAUAUGUGGUUAAUACAUUAUGUGGUUAAUACAUUGUAAAUUAACUUGAUAUGUGGUUAAUACAUUGUAAAUUAACUUGAUAUGUGGUUAAUACAUUGUAAAUUAACUUGAUGUGGUUAAUACAUUGUAAAUUAACUUGAUAUGUGGUUAAUACAUUGUAAAUUAAAUAGUUUUUGUAUUAUAAAUUAAGAGUACCUAUAAAUAUUAAAAUGUGUUUUUCUAUAUUAUUAUAAAUAAAUACUAUCUUUGUUACGCA